AUGUCCUGGCUACCCGUCCCCUCGGACCACUACUUUUCCGUUAACAACAUCCCCUUCGGUAUAAUCUCCACCCCCUCAAACACAACCCCGCGUCCGGCGGUCGCGAUCGGCGAGUACGUCCUGGACCUACAGGCCUUCGCCACCUCCGCCAACGGCUUCUCGCAGCUCCCGGACUUUACGCAAUCUGAAGCCCUCGUAUCCGAGAGAACCCUUAACCGCUUCGCUUCACUCGGCCGCGCAGUCCACCGUCUGGUGCGGGGGUAUUUGCAAGAAGUACUCUCGAUCGAUACACCCUAUCCAGAGCUCCUCAAGGACAACGCGGAAGCGCAGAAAGCGUGCUUGCUGAAUAGCACGGAAGAUGAUGUGCGGAUGCACCUGCCAAUGGAUAUAGGCGACUAUACAGACUUCUACGCGGGCAAGAAUCACGCAUUCAACGUCGGCGUGUUGUUCCGUGGUCGGGAGAAUGCACUACAGCCGAACUACGAACACUUGCCGGUGGGGUAUCACGGACGGGCUUCGUCGGUGGUUGUUAGCGGCACACAGGUGCCCAGGCCCCGGGGACAGGUGAUCAGGUCCGGGGAGGGGGAGAAGGUUCCGGUGUUUGCGGAGUGUGGCAAGUUGGAUUUUGAGUUGGAGCUUGCGGCGUUUGUGGGCAGGGGGAGUGACUUGGGGAGUUGUGUGGGGGUGGAUGAGGCGGGGGAAUAUUUGUUUGGGGUGGUGAUUAUGAAUGAUUGGUCUGGUUAGUCCCCGACCCUUUUCUUCUGUGCCCGAUUGGAUGUUUUGGGGGAAGGGGAUGGGCUGAUUGGUUUAGCGAGAGAUAUCCAAGCGUGGGAGUACGUCCCCCUAGGGCCAUUCACCAGCAAGUCCUUUGCAACCAGUAUAUCUCCAUGGGUCGUCCUCAUUGACGCACUCGAGCCACUACGCACUCGACCGUUAGAGAGAGGGACAAAGGUACCUUUGCUCCCCUAUCUGCGGGAAUCGAAUAGCGAGAGCGUAUACGAUAUCCCGCUCACAGUCUCUAUAAAAAGCAAUCCUCCCCCCCUCCCCUCCAGCUCUUCCUAGCUAACCAAAAUACACAGCCCAAUCCGGCACCCACAAAAUCUCCCAGACCUCCUCUUCAAACCUCCUCUUUUCCUUCUCUCAGAUGAUAGCACACCACACGAUUACUGGAUGCCCGCUGCGGACUGGGGACUUGGUCGGCAGCGGCACCAUAUCCGGGAUAGACACUCAGAGCAUGGGUAGUUUGUUGGAGAUGACGGCAAACGGGACUAGGAGGGUUCCCCUCGGCGACAGCGGUGAGUCUAGGGGGUUUCUGGAGGAUGGCGAUGUGGUUGUUCUCACGGGCGGUUGUGGAAAGGCUGGGGUUGGGUUUGGGGAGUGUGUUGGGGAGGUUUUACCGGCG